ACAGCUGAGUCAAUCCAUUGGAUCUUGACCAGUCUCAGUAUUAGUAGGUUCUAGUAAGUACUAUCUUCGACCCUGCCAAGAUUCUGUUGCCGAUCACGACCACGGGCAUUCACGUUCACCAACAUCAAGCAAGCCCACCCAUGGGUUGAGUUGCGAUUCACAACCCGUCGAUUGCUGUGCACUGGUGGUCUGCUGUGAGAUUUGCGAUUGCCCCCACGUGAAUCAAGCAAUUAGAAUAAAAGCGACGGACCCACUAACAUUGUAGCAUUGGACCCUAGGUCAGUGGUUGUCGAUUGGGCCUGUCUACUGCCGCAGUCCGCAGCCAGCCUGUAAUCUCCAGUCUUGAGUCUGGAGUCAUCAGCCCUCCAGCAGUAUGUACGAACAACUCCAGCAACUCCACGAGUUUGAGCUCUGGUCCAGCUUAGCCCAUCUCGGACCCAUGGUCUUGACCAUGAAUCACAAUCAGAGCCGGAACGCCUUUCUCGACCCCCAAGCCAAUCUGCUGGGGAGUGGCGGUGGGGGUGCUAUGGUUGGGGCUGGACUGGAGGGUGGCUCGACCGCCGCCAAUAUGGAAGAGACCCAACCCGCCUCCUUGCUCACGCCCAGACAACGCCUGCACACCCUCACCAUGGUGGGUGAUGCUCAUUUUGAAUUGGGCGAUUACAAAAAGGCCGAGAUCGCGUACAGAGAGGUCUUACAAGCCAAAAAGCAAUUGGGCAAAUCCGGUAAGAUGACGGCGCCUUUGGGGUCUCAGCCCGUGAACAGCAACCGUGGUGAGGAAGACGAGACCACGGGCUUUCACCCGCUUGUUCAAGAUGGUGGGAAAUUGAAGUUCAAGCUGCAUCUGUGCUAUAUCAAGACCCAACAGCCCACGCAAGCCAUUAACAUCCUUCAGUCAAUUCAUGCCAAGCAUCGAACCCCGCAAAGUAAUAUGGCCUUGGGCCGACUCUAUCAGCGGGCUGGCAUGGAGAGGCCAGCCAUUGCUUGCUUUAAAGAAGUGCUUAAGGCGUGUCCGCUGGCCGUGGACGCGGCUCAGAUUCUCAUGUCCGCGGGGGUCAAAGCCAAAGAAAUCCAAGAACUCACUUUAGACUCGGUCAGCAAAACCCCCGGUUGUGAAUGGUUCUCUCAGUGGUCUCAAGCCCAAUCUCAGUUUGCAGCCAAGGAUUUUAGUGGCGCGAGUCAGGCCUUUCGCCUGUUGGAGGAGCGAUCGCUUUUGCGCAAUGAGCCGACUCUGUUGGUCCAUUUGGGCCGGUCUCAGUAUUUUGAAGGUGAUAUGACAUCUGCGGGUCUGACUUUGCAACGUGUUCAUCGCUUUGACCCCAACCAUUUGGCCGGCAUGGAUAUUUUAGCGGCUAUUCUCUAUAAAGAGCGUAAAGCGAAGGAGCUGGAACAAUUGGCCACUCAGUUGAUGUCCGUCUCUGAGGAGGCUCCGGAGUCUUGGAUUGCCAUGGGAUAUUAUUGCUUUCUCAAUAAGAAAGGUUCACGAGCUGUUUAUUUCGCCCAUCGGGCUUGCAUGAUCAAUAACCGAUGUGUGGAGGCGCUCAUCUUAAAAGGUAACGUGUUGCUCGAACUGCGGAAACUGCCCGAUGCCAUGAAUCACUUCCGAGAAGCCAUGUUGAUCGCCCCGAGUCGAUUUGAAAUUCACCAAGGCCUAGUGGAUUGCUAUCUGGCCCAAUCUCGCCAUCGAGAGGCCGUCAGUGUUGCAGCCGGUGCUUGCAAGCAAAUGCCCCAACCCUCGCCUCGUGCCCUGACACUCUUCGCUUCGGUUUUGCUCAAAGAUCCCUACCAAUUAGCCACGCCUAGAGCCAAAAGCUUCUUGGAACGCGCACUAGAACUGGACUCGAGCUAUUUACCAGCGGCUUACAUGUUAGCCGAUAUUCUUGAUCAAGAGCUCCAGACAGAUAAGGCCAUUGAGCUUCUUCAGAGAGUGGCACGCCGCAAAUCUGCUUCCAAAUUGCAUCAGAUUCUGGGAGAUCUGCUCGUGAAAGCUCACGAGGAAGAAAAAGCUUUGGAACACUUCACUCUAGCCUUGAAUUUGGAUCCGAAAAACGUCAAAGCCAGCGAAGGUCUGCAAAAAAUCGAACAUACCUCCGAGGGCAAUCACGACAUGAAUAAUUAUGAUCUAGCCAUGGAGGAACUUAAUUCCGAUGAUGCGGAAUUGGAGGAGAGUGAAACGGAGGGAGGAUGGUCCGACGGAGAUCUCAAUUUGGCCACUGCUGCCAGCAGCUCAAGAUAUCUAUAAGUUUUUAACAAAUGCAUAUUGAUCAUGAGAACAUCGAACAGGAAUUGAUGAACAACGUGUCUCCUUCUUUUAUUUCGGUUCGGCAGUAGAUAUUGUUUAGGAUAUCUUCUAGUGAAGAAGGAACGGUAUCCUCUCAGUUCAAUGCGUACAUAAGACUUUGGCUGAGUUCAUUUCUUCUUGUUGAAUGCAAUGUUCUUCACGUCCAAGUGAACCUUGGCUUUCUGUUGAGGAGGGAUAUGAUUGAAACAGAAACGUUUAAAGGCUUCCACCUCACGCUCAUCUUCGUCCAUUUCCCCAUUGUCCAAAUCAAUAUCCUUGGGAGCGAAGACGCUCG